GGCCCGGCCCCGCCGCCUCCGGUCACCUGAGCGGCCCUUCCGCGGCGGCGGGGCCGGGCCGAGCCGCCGCCAUGCGGAUCGAGAAGUGCUACUUCUGCUCGGGCCCGAUCUACCCGGGCCACGGCGUCAUGUUCGUGCGCAACGACUGCAAGAUAUUUAGAUUCUGCAAAUCAAAAUGCCACAGAAACUUUAAAAGGAAGCGAAAUCCCAGAAAGAUGAGAUGGACCAAAGCAUUCCGAAAAGCAGCUGGCAAAGAAUUGACAGUGGAUAAUUCAUUUGAGUUUGAAAAACGUAGAAAUGAACCAGUGAAAUACCAGAGAGAGUUGUGGAACAAGACUGUUGAUGCAAUGAAGAGAGUGGAGGAAAUAAAGCAAAAACGCCAAGCCAGGUUUAUUAUGAACAGAUUAAAGAAGAGCAAAGAGUUGCAGAAGGCAGAAGACAUCAAAGAAGUCAAACAGAAUAUUCACCUUCUUCGUGCUCCCCAUGCAGGCAAACCAAAACAACUGGAGGACAAAAUGGUGCAGAAACUGCAAGAGGAGGUGCCUAUGGAAGAAGACUCUUAAAGUGCUUUCAUUUUCUAUUUAUAUCUGUUCAGCAGUUAACAGUUCCCUACUGCCUCACCUGACAUCAUUCAGAACUGUGCUUACAGUUGAAGAAAAAGACAUUUUAAUGAAUAGUGGUCAUUUACCAUUUGGAUUAUUUUUUGGUUUAUAAGAAACAGUGAGUUGGAUACUGGUUUGGGCAGUUCUUAAAUUCGUGCAAUUUGAGAAAACCUUGUCAGACCUCCUGCUCAAUGGAGCGUGAGGGGUUAUUGUUUGAGAUACUGUGUGCUCCUUGGAAAGUUACACUUUUUCCAGGUAAAUUUCCCCUCAUAAUUCAAGGAAUAAAAUAUGCUGGCCCUGAA